CUCGACCGUGACAAGUCACGCUACAAUACCCAGGACUCCACAAGUUCGUCUCCAGUUCCCACAUAUCGUUUCACUCGGCUAGUGCAGUUUUCGUGUAGCGUGGCACGUUUUGUUCCAAGUUGCUUUGCAUUUCUCUCGGACUUCAACUCCAGCAAAAUGGGAGAACCGUUGCGUAUUUGUAUCACUGGUGCUGCUGGGCAGAUUGCAUACUCACUUCUGUAUUCUAUUUGCAAAGGAGAUGUGUUUGGAACCAAUCAGCCAUUGACCCUGCUGUUGCUGGAUAUCCAGCCCAUGAUGAGUGUGUUGGAAGGUGUCGUGAUGGAAUUGCAGGACUGUGCCUUUCCUUUGUUACAAGAGAUAAUCUCAACUGCUGAUCCAAAGGUGGCAUUUUCCAAUAUUGAUGUAGCCAUAUUGGUUGGUGCCAUGCCACGAAAGGAAGGAAUGGAAAGAAAAGAUCUUCUGAAGGCCAAUGCCAAGAUCUUUGUUUCACAGGGGAAGGCCUUGGAGGAAGCGGCAAAAAAAACUGUCAAGGUGUUGGUCGUUGGCAAUCCAGCAAACACAAACUGCAUGGUUGCACAAAUGAAUGCACCUUCCAUACCAGCUAAGAACUUCUCUUGUUUGACUAGAUUGGAUAUGAACAGAGCCAAGGCACAGAUUGCUAGCAGACUUGGCAUUCGAGUUCAAGACGUGAGGAAUGUCAUCAUUUGGGGAAACCACUCCUCCACUCAGUACCCUGAUGUCAACCAUGGCACCAUUCCCUCUGCAGAUGGGUCAGCCGUGCCUAUCAGGCAGGCUGUCAAAGAUGACAAUUGGUUAAAUGGAGAUUUUGUUAGGACUGUUCAAAAGCGUGGUGCUGCCAUCAUUGCAGCUCGUAAGUUAUCCAGUGCCAUGUCUGCAGCUAAAGCUAUUUGUGACCACAUGAGAGACUGGUGGUUUGGUACUCCUGAGGGUUCGUAUGUGUCCAUGGGUGUCUGUACCGAUGGUUCCUAUGGUAUCCCAGAAGGCAUUGUGUACUCGUACCCAGUGACUAUUGCAGACCAGGAAUGGAAAAUAGUACAGGGCCUGCCCAUUGAUGACUUCUCGCGUGAGAAAAUGGAUGCUACAGCCAAAGAGCUUUUGCAGGAGAAGGAGAGUUGCCAGUCAUUCCUUGAAUGACUAGCGUCAUCAAGGCUUUGAAUGUCAGUCAGAUCACACAAUGUGUAGUACUGCAGUGUGGGUCAGAGUGGAACUUUUUACAAUAGUGUAAGAAACACUGCUUGUCUGUAUGAGGGGUUUGUGUGUGUGUGGUAGCUUUUUUUUGAUUUAUUUUAUUGCAGUAAAAUGUAAUUAAAGCCAAGGCAAGUCAUAACAUUAA